CAACGUUUCCCACGUCAUUCACUUCAGGCAACGAAGUCAGAAUACAGAGGUAAACGAUUCAAGGAUUUAAAGGAACUCAAGUGAACUUAGUAGAAAUUGGAUUCGUCUUUUGAAUUGAUGUCUGCACUCAUGAACUUCACAUCGCGUUGGAAACAGAAGAGUAAGGCCGACGUGAGGUCACCCAAAGCAGACUUGAAGGUGGCGUUGGAUGAAUGUGUGGCAGCCCUGGACCUAUUCCUUAGCAACAGAUUUGAAGAUGCUCUGACCAAACUUCAGUCCAAAGCCAAAGACAGCAUGUACCAUUCUCUGACUUACGCCACAAUAUUGGAAAUGCAAGCUAUGAUGACCUUUGAACCUGAAGAUAUUACUGUUGCAGGGAACACAAUGAAAGAUGCCCAGAUAAUCUGCCAAAAGUUUCGGAAAAAGACUACUGUUACAAACUCAAUCAACAGUUUAAUGAAUAGGCAUGCUGCAGAAAAAUUUACUGAAGAGGAGAUGCAUGCUGAGGUCUGCUACGCUGAGUGUUUGUUACAGAGGGCUGCUCUCACUUUCUUACAGGAUGAGAACAUGAUUAGUUUUAUCAAAGGCAGCAUCAAAAUAAGAAAUAGUUACCAGACUUACAAGGAACUUCUUAACAUUGUGCAGUCAUCCAGUUACACAAAAGGAGAGAAUUACAGCCAUUUUGAAGGAGGUGUUCAACUUGGAAUUGGAGCUUUUAAUCUAACUAUAUCCCUGUUGCCAACAAGGAUUCUCCGACUUUUAGAAUUUGUUGGAUUUUCUGGAAACAAAGAAUAUGGUCUCGAACAAUUACAGGAAGGAGCAUCCACAGAAAACUUCCGUGCUCUCCUGUGUACCAUGCUGCUGCUUUGUUAUCACACAUUUAUGAGUUUUGUAUUAGGCACAGGCGAAGGUGACGUUGAAGAUGCAGAGCGACUACUACUACCCUUUCUCAAACGAUAUCCAAAGGGUGCCAUCUUCUUGUUUUUUGCAGGAAGAAUUGAAGAAAUCAGAGGAAACAUAGAUGCAGCUAUUUUACGCUUUGAGGAGUGCUGUGAGGCCCAGCAACACUGGAAACAGUUUCAUCAUAUGUGCUACUGGGAGCUAAUGUGGUGUUUUACUUUCAAACGUCAGUGGAAAAUGGCAUAUUUCUAUGCAGACCUAUUGUGUAAAGAGAACUCGUGGUCCAAGUCAACAUAUAUGUACAUGAAAGCAGCCUAUCUCAGUAUGCUUGGGGAUGAGGACUACAAACCUUUUGGGGAUGAUGAAAUUGAAUUAUUCAGAAAAGUGCCAAGCAUGAAACAGAAAAUCGCUGGCAAGUCUCUGCCAACAGAAAAGUUUGCAAUCAGAAAGGCUCGACGGUACCUUUCACAGAAUCCCAUAAAACUCCCAGUACCUGCUUUGGAAAUGAUGUAUAUUUGGAAUGGCUACACAGUGAUUGGGAAACAUCAAGAUCUGACUGAAGGUAUGCUUGAGACACUUGAUGAAGCCGAGAGAACACUUGAAAAUGGCCCAGUAACGGAGUUUCUCAUAGAUGACCAGUGUUUGGUGAAGCUACUCAAAGGCCUUUGUCUGAAGCACUUGGAUAAACUUUCAGAAGCAGAGCAAUAUUUCCAUUGGAUUCACACAAAAGAGCAGAUGAUCAAAUAUGACCAUUACUUGAUUCCAAAUGCAUUACUUGAACAUGGUCUUAUUUGCAUGCAGACUGGAAGAAAUGACGAGGCAAUAAAAAUUCUGGAAAGUGCAAAGCAAAACUACAAGAAUUAUUCAAUGGAGUCAAGAACGCAUUUUCGAAUUCAGGCUGCUCUUCUCAAAGCAAAAUCUCAUACGCACAAUGGAAAGCAAUCAUUACCUUCUACACCUUAAAACUGCUUAAAUUAUUGAUACAGUAGAACUACAAAGGACAAGCAAAAUGUUUCCUUCUUUGUACAUAAAAGCUACAUCCACUGUUAAAUGUAAAAUAGGAGCAAAACACAACAGAUUCCAGAAAUCUGAAAUAAAACAAAGUACUGGAAAAACUCCAGUUCUGAAGAGUCAUAUUUGACUUGAAGCAUUUACUCUACUCCUCUCUCCACAGUUGCUGCCAGACCUGCUAUGUAUUUCUAAUGGUAAUCUGUUGCAACUUACUAUAGAACAGAAUCACUAUGAUCAGGUUCACAUGGGUUACGUGCACCACUGGGCAUUACGCUUGCUGUCUCUCUCAAGGACAUGUAAUUAUUGUUUUGGUGAUCUACAUCACAAUCAUAUAAAUACUUACCUAUAUAAAAAUGUAAAUGUAGAAUUCUGUUUGGAACUACAUUUGCACAAAACAUGGAUCCAUGGAAGCCACAACCACAGAUACAUUUUGAUACACAAAUUUGGAGAGAUGGAGUAUUAAUCAACAAUAAAGUCCACAAAACUUCUUAACAAAGCUACUCAUUAAUACAAUCCAAAGAGGAAAAAGAUUCUGUACUAGAGUAAGUUUGCACUUGAAAUGUUAACUGUUUGAUCUGUAGGGAGAUAAUUUCAUUUCUUCAGCACUUAGUUUUCCUUUCAGAUUUCCAGCAUCCAUUUUUUUCUGUAUUUAAAACUAAUUCAGUACUUAAAUUGGGAAAACAGUGCAAAACAGUUCCACUAUUAUCAAUCACAAAGAUAUUGGUUGCAACACAGGAAGCCUGUUUCACCACAGAAGCAAAUGUUAAAAAUAGUUCAUAUCUAGUUUAUAAUACAAUUACCUAUUAUAACUUAAUCCUCUUUAAAUUGUACUUAAGAUGUUUGAAGUUGUGAACAUAAAUACAUACAUAGGUUCAGUUUUCCUUAAAAUAAUAAUUUGCUAAAAGGAUACUUUUAAAUGCCAGACCUGUUGAGUUUCUCCAACAUUGUGCUGUUCAGAUUUCCAGCAUCUGCAGUGUUUUGCAUUUGGUCUUUCAUAUUUUUGUCAUAAGUUCACGUUAUCACAAUUUAUAAUGAAUUCACAAAUUACUUCUAUUCUGCAUGAUCAAUGUAAACAUACUAAACCAUCCAACCCUUACAGCAGGUAAACCAAGUUCGUAUCAAUGUGGCCACUAACUGGUGGAAAUUGGAUUCAGAAAGAUGAUACUCCUGUUCAUUUGGUGGAAGCAUGACCAAGAGGUUCAGCAGUGAUUAUCAAAGUCCCUAUCAAUCAUUUUCAUACUCAGAAUUACAUGCUCUUAAAAUAGGGGAUGUUAACAAGUAAAUCACUAAAAUUUUCUACAUCAAUUGCUUUCAUUGCAGUAUUAUGAGUGAGUGGUGGCAUUGUAGUAAAAUGUUACUUUUCUCCAUGGCUUAAAAUACUUAAAUAUUUACUUAACUGCAAAACUUCAUAUAUGUUACUAAUCAUCUAAGGAAUAAGUUACGUUUUCUCAUUUCCAAAAUCUACAAUAGAUCAUAUGCCAUGAGAUGUAGAAAAUUACAAAAUUUUAAAAUUUCCACUAUUCUUACAUAAAUUGUGAAUCUAUUUUUAUAUGAUUGAACUCUACCCCUGUCAUGAACUGGACAGUUACCUCUCAUUAGUUACAUGAGCAUCAGUGCACACUGUACCAGCUGACAUAAUUGUCCAAAGAUUCAGCAGUCUGUGGAAAAAGAACUGAUGUUUAAUAUCCAGCCUAAUCCUACUUCUGCGCAACUUAAAUGCAUGCUAUUCCUUUUCUCCAAGCUAUCAGGCUUAAAUAAUCCAUGAAGCAUCACACACAAUCCAGCCUUGUCAUUUCAAUAUCUAAUUCUCAUAAGCCUAUGCUGCUCGAAUGUAAGUGAUCCUGAAAAAUUGAGUGUGCAUACUGAAAGUUCUAAGGCUCAUUCUAGUUUCAAAAUGGGAACAUACUUAUAGGAAACAGUUGAUAAUUAAUACAAUUGGAGUAUGCAAAGUGAGAAAUGUCUGUUACAACAGCUAAUUUUUUCUUCCCUUAAUUCUUGUACUCCAUAUUCCAUGUUCUCUGAAUGAGACUGUCAAUUUUAUUGAGAGUUUGUUGAUCCCGCAACCCCUGAUGUGGAAAAGACUGGUUGAGUUAUAUUCUUAACAAUUACAUAAUAAGUGAAGGAAGACUUGUUGCAUUGUGGCAAUAUUACUGGACUAGUAGUAGUAGUAGUAGUAAUCACCAUAGUUCAACAUUGCUCUCCAAGCGAAACAACUGGUGGCGAGUUUCACCCGAGGGUCACUAUACCUGAAGCGAAGGGUGAGAUUGAGAAGGUAGCAUCUUAAUGGUGAUCUCAGCCAGUGGGGUCUAGUAUUUUAGAGGACCAGGCCAAAACUCUGGGGAAGCGGUUUAAAUCCCACCAUGGUAAAUUCACUUAAAAUAAUAAUUGGUAAUAGUUGUCAUAAUCAUCAUAAGAAGAAAUGACUCCCAUUAAGGAAGGAAAUCUGACACUUCUAUUUGGUCUGGCUUAUGCGACAGAUGUAACUCUUAAAUUGUCCUCUGAAAUGGUCUAGCAAGUCACUCUGUUCAAAGGCAAUUAGGCAUAGGCAGGAAAUACUGACCUUACCAGCAAUGGCCACAUCCCACACAAAAAAAAAGAAAACAUCAUAUAACACAAUUCCAGUUGCCCCAUUACUAAUAUUUGUACAAGAAUGUUUACAAAUUUAAGAACCUUUCUUUAAAAGAAAGCCUAAUUAAAGUUUUCUCCUGCAUUCCUUACAGAAGUAUCCCUAAGAACUGUAGGACCUUUGUGGGAUGGGAUUGGCAACUGUUUAAAUUUUUAGUUGCAUUAUUGGUAAUAGCCCUGAUUUCAAAGACAAGGCUAGUUGGCUUUAUGCUGUUAACCGAUUACUGCUAGUAACUGCAUGAUAUAUAGCCUCAAGAGGCUUUUAAUUUACAAAAAUGUAAAUGAAAAUCAUUUGCAAGGAUUUAUGUUAAGAUUUUAUUAAAUAAAUGUUUGUUUUCAUAAUCUGGUCAAAGGUAACAAUAGCUACGCAUUGCUG